CCAGGACACAGCGGGGCACGGGAUGGUUCAGGCUGGUCUUGCGCAUGAGCAAAGCUUCCUCCAGUCUUCUGGAUAAUAAUCACGUAGAGCUUGCACUCUAAUUGCCUCCCCGUUACAUUUGCCCACAUCAUCUUUUGCCCCUCCAUCCGUUUCAUGUAACUGCCUCUGAGUUUCAAAUGCACCAGGAUGUUGAGCCCCGUGUGUUCUCUGGCAUUCAGCCUACGGGCAUCCCCCACCUGGGCAAUUACCUUGGUGCCCUUCAGAGCUGGGUACACUUGCAGGAGCAAUACAACACGGUGCUGUACAGUAUAGCGGAUCUGCACUCUAUCACCGUGCCACAGGACCCCAGCACCCUGCGGGCGAGCAUAUUGGACAUGGCAGCCUGCCUGCUGGCAUGUGGGAUUAACCCUGCCAAGAGCUGCAUCUUCCAGCAGUCCCAGGUGGCAGAACAUGCAGAACUUGCCUGGAUCCUAAACUGUCUGACCUCUAUGCCCCGUCUCAGACAUUUGCCCCAAUGGAAGGUUAAGUGCCAGACCCAGAAGAACGAGGGGAGUGCUGGAUUGUUCACGUACCCCGUUCUCCAAGCCGCUGACAUUCUGCUUUAUAAGUCCACUCACGUUCCGGUGGGAGAUGAUCAGGUGCAGCACUUGGAGCUGACUCAGGACACUGCCCGCCUCUUCAAUCGGAUCUAUGGAGAUUUCUUCCCAAUCCCUAGAGGCAUCAUGGGUACUUCCAAGAAAAUCUACUCCCUCCGAGACCCAUCUUCCAAGAUGUCCAAGUCGGACCCCCAAAAGCUCGCUACCGUGCGCCUCACAGACAGCCCAGAGGAAAUUGUCCUGAAGUUCCGAAAGGCAGUUACUGACUUUACCUCUGAAGUGACCUAUGACCCCGAGCGACGGCCAGGGGUGUCCAGCUUAGUGGCCAUUCACUCUGCCGUCACUGGACUUGGCACGGACAUAAUUGUGCAGCAGAGCCGUGGCAUGGACACCGCACAGUACAAGCUCACAGUGGCUGACGCCGUCAUUCAGAAACUCUGCCCCAUCCGAGAGGAAAUGCAGAGACUCCAGAGGGAGCAGGGUUACCUACGGGAGGUGCUGUACCAGGGGGCACAGAGAGCCAAGGAAAUGGCGGCACCUGUCUAUGACUCUGUCGCCCGGCUGGUUGGGUUUAGGUGACACACGAGUUAUUUUGUGUGUUUAUCUGGUGUCUGCAGGGGAAAGCUGGCACCCCUCAUUACUCUGCAGGAGAAAGCUGGCACCCCUCAUUACUCUGCAGGAGAAAGCUGGCACCCCUCAUUUCUCUGCAGGGGGAAGCUGGCACCCCUCAUUACUCGGCUGGGAGUUAGCUGGCUCCCCUCAUUAUUCUGCUGGGAGUUAUCUGGCACGCCUUAUUACUCUGAUAAUUAUGGAUAAGGAACUUCUUUCUAAUCAUGGGCACCAACCAGAUGGGUUCUUUAAAACUAGGAAGGGCCAGAUUGCUGGGCGUGUUCAUUACUGAGUCACUUGGUAUAAGCAGAUUCCUCCUACUGACUGUAUAGAACAAUCUCUGUUAUUUCUCAGGCACAAUUAUCAUUAUUAUUAUUCAGUGCAGUAAAUUAUGUGUUACAGUGAGAACUUUUGGGAGUUGUUUGUGCUUUUUAUUUUUUAAUUUUGCAUUUAUAUCAAACAGUGGAAUUAUUAUUUAUUCUUCUGGUCUCCUUAAAUACAUAAACUACUUGCAUUCCUUA